AUCUCUAGGUUUUGGGCGUAAAUAAUAAACAGCUGUUGCGGUGUUUUGAUGUUUUUGCAAAAAUGAGCGAAUUUCUUUCAGAAAACAAUGCGUGCGGACAAAAUUUGCUUAACAUCGUAUCCGUAGGCAACUCAAUAGUUGCCGAAAUACUCCGCCUAAAAGAAUACGUACCCAGCAUCUACAGAUUGGACAAUGCAGCUGACAAGCAAAAAUAUGGCGAAAUUAUAUUGGAUUUUAGCUACUUUAAAGUGGCAGAGGCGCACGAAAAAAAGAUUGAGCAGAGUCAAGAGCUGAGCGACUUGGACUUGGAAACACGAACGAAUCAUCUGCAGUUGAUCACACGGUUUUAUUUGGCUUUCCAGAGUGUGCAUCAUUAUGCCACAGACUUGCAACAGUACAUUGAGGAACUAAACACUGGUUAUUAUAUACAGCAAACCCUGGAAACCGUGCUACAGGAUGAAGAGGGCAAACAGUUGCUGUGCGAGUCUCUCUAUUUGUAUGGCGUUAUUUUGCUCGUGCUGGACUUUCAUAUACCUGGCGAUGUCCGCGAGCGACUGCUGAUUGCCUACUAUCGCUACAGCGGCGGAGAUGCCACGCCCAGCGGCGAUGAAAGCAACAUCCAUGAUGUGUGCCUGCUUCUGCGCUCCACUGGCUACAUUCAGCCGGCACAGACUAAAGCUCUGGUUGCUGGCAGCCAGUCAGUGCCUGUGCCUGUCCAGAAAUAUCCGGAGGCUUACUUUGCACGCUUUAGCUUCGAUGCGAACUUUAUAGAUUUGGUGUUGGCUCGUCUGCGCUGUGAUGAUAUCUACAAUCAGUUGGCCAUCUAUCCGCAUCCCUCACAUCGCAGCACAGCGCUGUCAACCCAGGCUGCCAUGCUCUUCGUUUGCCUCUACUUCUCACCCCAAGUGUUGCACACUCAGGGUUCCCAGAUGCGUGAGAUUGUGGACAAGUUCUUCUGUGACAAUUGGACGUUGUCUAUUUACAUGGGCAUCACUGUCAAUCUGAUUGAUGCCUGGGCGCACUUUAAAGCCGCCAGUAGUGCAGUGUCCAAUGUGGUGACACCGGUCGCCAUUAAGACGCUCUGCCAGCAGGAGCGGGAACAACUUCAGAAAACACUGCAAAAGACCCAAGAGAUUGUGCGGGAAGGAGUUCUAGACGACGCCUUUGUGCUGGAGCAUGCCAACCAGAUUAUUGUGCUUAUGCGACAGGCUAACGUAUUGCUCCGUUGGCAUUGCCUGCACACAAGUCCCGCCGUAUUCGUUGUGUCGGGCCAGGCGGCGGCUCCAGUACAUCAAAUGCUUCUGCAAGAGCUGCAGUUUGAUCAGAAUAAGCUCUACAAUCUGCUGCUCAACUGUGGCCAACUUGAGUUGACAGUCCGAGAAUUGCUGGCAGACUUGCAAAGGGAUCGAGAGAAGCGCUGGACGAGUAGUCGCGAGGAGGCAAUGCAAUAUCUGCGGGAACUCAGUGAAGCAUUUGCGGGUUCACGUCCGUUGACCAAGAUUGAAGCCAAUCCACAGCUGCAACAAUGGUUUGGUCAGGUGGCACAGCGUCUCCAAAAACUGGACAUUGUCAAGCCACAAAAGGCGGGUCGCUUGAUCAUUCAAGUCAUGCAGGCGCUGGAUGAAGUUCAGGAAUAUCAUAAUCUACAUGCGAAUAUGCUGGUGAAACAGCAGCUGCAGGAGACGCGGGAUCUGUUGAACCGAAUGGCUCAGUUGAUCAACCUCAAGGAGGACAUCGAAAUUCACAUACAGAUGAUCAGCGACUUUAGCUACGCCUGGCAACUGCUUCAGCGGGAUUUCAUUGGUAUUAUGCAGGAUCACAUCAAGCGUCAGCCACGGGCAGUCAUUGGCAUAAGAGCGGUAUUCCUGAAGCUAGCCAGCACCUUGGAGGUGCCGCUGAUGCGCAUUAAUCAGGCGAAGAGCGAGGAUCUUGUCUCCGUGUCCAACUAUUACAGCACAGAGCUGGCCAACUUCUUGAGACGCGUGCUACAAAUUGUGCCCGAAACGAUGUUCAGCAUUUUGGCCAGGAUUAUACAGCUGCUGACAAAUGUUAUCAAGGAGUUUCCCACGCGCCUGGAGAAGGAUAAGCUGCGGGAGUAUGCGCAGUUUGAAGAGCGCGCCAAGGUGGCACAGUGGACCAACUCCAUAGCGGUCUUUACCAAAGGAAUUCUCAUGAUGAAGAAGACAUUGGUGGGCGUCAUCGAACUGGAUCCCAAGCAGUUGCUGGAGGAUGGCAUUAGGAAAGAGCUGGUCAAUCAUUUAGCAAAUGCCUACAAUCUGGGACUGAUCUUUACACCUGAGAAGGGCAAGACGAACGUGCAGCUGCUGCAGGAGAAACUCCAGGCGCUGGCCAAGACAAUCGAAGGAUAUCGCAGAUCUUUCGAGUACAUCGAGGACUAUUUACGAGUGCAGGGAUUACGUAUAUUGCUGGAGGAAUCUCAGCGUAUCAUUAACUACAAUGUGGAGAAGGAAUGCAAUUGCUUCCUGCGCAAUAAGGUGCAAGAGUGGCAAUCUCGCUUCCAAUCUCAGACCAUACCCAUUCCCAACUUUCUACCACUGCAAGGUGAUCCAAACAAGUCCAACAAUUUCAUUGGAAGAUUAGCACAUGAAAUACUACGCUGCACGGAGCCGCGUCAGACCAUUUUCCUGGAUCUCAAAUGCACCUGGUAUGAUAAGCGUCCACCACAUUCGGAAUUUCUUGCCGGCUCUGGAUUCUUUAGUGUGCUGCGCGAGGCAAUGGCGCCAGCUGGCAUGGUAGGAUUGGAACGCCUUUACGCCCACAUGCUGGCCGAUGAACUGAAGCGCAAUCUGGACAAGCUGCAAAAGAAUCUGACAUCGGAUCGCAUGUGGUGCGAUGCUCUGAGCACCAUGACCAAGGAACUGGAAUCGCGUGACUUUCCCGGCGAGCUAGCCAAGCAGCCCAUCAAGUAUUAUCAGAGCUAUACCCAACGCUGGCUGAAGGUGUGGCCUACACUCCUGGACUGGAUUUUAUCCCUGGGACACAAGCAGCUGCUGCGACAGCAAAUUGCCAGCGAACUCAGUUUCAGCAGUAAAUGCGAUGCAAAAUUGCUGGAGAACACCACGGAUACACUGAAUCGCGCCUUGAUGUUGGAGCUCUCGUGCAACAGCAAACUGUGUGAUGAGCAGGGCGUGGGCAUGUUGACUGAACUGCAGGAGAUACUGCAGUACACAGGGAACUACGAGCCACUGGAGCAGAUCUUUGUGACCACCAAGAAUACGCACAACAUGUCCUUGUUUCUGUUCCUCUUCACCAUUGCCCACGUUGGACGAUUGCAGCAUUCAAAACACACGGAUAGCCUGCUGCCAAAGUCCUCUAAGGAUAACAUAGACUGUGUGCCAUUAAUUAUGGGACUGCUCACUGUACUUCAACAGUUCCACAGGAAUGUGAAAAUGCUCUACAUCUCCUACAUGAGUCAGUAUGUGGUUACAGUUGCAGAAGCACAACUCACGGAUAAAGAGAUGUUGGGACCCGAGGUUGUCACCAUGUUGCACUUUCUGCUGGCAUUUGUCCGCUUGGCCCGCUUGCCACUGAGUGUCCUGGAGCAGCGCAUACCCAACAUGAUACUAAGCGAGUUCGAUUAUCUAGCCACACCCGUCAAGUAAAACUUGUCGCUAAUUAAAUCACUAUUCCAAUAUAUAAACGGUUAUACAUAAACAAUGCACAUGUUAUAAACAAAUAAAGUAAAUAACUAAAUAAUGA